UGACUCGAAAAUUCGGGCGGAGCUUCCAUCCUACCUAUAAUUUCUGAUUCUUCUUCCUUUUUUCAACCCUAAAAUACCCUGCGCUCUUUCUCCGCUGGCAUCUCCCGUUGUAUGCAGCGAUGUCCUCCAUUCUUGAACCCCACUAUUAAUACUCCACCUCCCCCGAUCUCUAUCUGCUCCACGUUCUUGAUCCAUGGAGGUCGUCGGAGACUGGGUUCCCAAGAACCCUACCGCCACCCCCAUGGCCAUCUUGGAGAUCAACCUCAUCUCCGCUCAGGGUCUCAAGCUCCCUUCCAACCAUUUCCGCCCCAAGCAGACCUACGCCGUCGCUUGGGUCGACCCUUCCGACCGCCUCCGCACCCGUCUCGACGCCAUUGGCGGCGACAACCCCACCUGGAACGACAAGUUCCUCUUCCGCGUCUCCCACGAGUUUCUUGCCCGCGAGACUUCCGGUGUCUCCAUCGAGAUCUACGCCCUUGGUUGUUUCAGCGACACUCUGGUCGGUACUGUCCGCUUCCUAAUCGGUAAUGUCAUCGUCUCCAAUGACUGUACCACUACUCCUGCCUUCACCGCCGUCCAGGUCCGUCGCCCUUCUGGAAGGUUCCAGGGCGUUCUCAAUAUUGGCGUUAUGGUUAAUGAGAACUCUGAUUUCGCUUCCUUGAAUGGGGUUUCUGCGAUUGGUUACCGCGAUUUGAUGGGGGAGAGUUUCAAUCGGAGGCGGAGGAAGAAAUCUAAGGCCGGUGAUUCUGAAAUUUCUGUUGAAUCUCAUGACGCAGAGUCGUUGGAUAUGUCCGACGGUAGUGAAUCGUCGAGUUCAUCUUUUUCUUCGCCGACCAGACCGAACGUGCUUAGGGAUUUAAACGGAGUUAGGAAUUUGGGGGCAACAAAAACCCUAAAUCAGUCGAGUAGUUCGGGGUUCUUGUGCGGUCUGGCGAUGCAGAGGAAGACGACAAUGGCCGAUCUCCCUCCAUCGGAGAAGAGCUUAAAGGUUUCUAGGGAAUCUCCAGGCAUGGAAAGGUAAAAUCCAAAACCCCUGCGGCGGAGGUGAUUUCUCUGAAAUUGAAUCUGGAUUGUGAUUUUCCUUGGUCGUUAUCAUCAUCGACCGUCACUAAUUCAAAUGAUUCAAAAG